AUGAGUACACUAUUAGAUAAUUUAAAUAAAGUCAAACAUAAAAUUGAAGGUCCAAAAAAAAGAAAAAGUGAAGAACAAACUACCAUUGUUACAGCCACGAGUGAUAAAGAAAAUACCCCAGUUGGAACAUCAAAAAGUGACACAGCUUCGUCUAAUUUGGCUGAAAGACCUGCAGAUGGACUACCAUCUAAAAAACUUAAAUCAAACCCAUCUGAAAAAGUUGAAUUAACAAAUACUACAAAAGAAAAAGAAGAGGAUAAAGCCGUAUCCCCCUCCAAAUCAUUAUCUGCAACACUAACUACUAAUUCUAAUGGGCCAGGUUUAAGUGGGACUCAUUUAUCUACAAAAUUAUUAUUAGCUACAGAAUAUAUCCAAGAAAGAGGUGAAGCAGUACCGAUAUCACAAGUUGAAUCUUAUUUAUCAUUGAAGCCAAAUUCACCGGAGGCGAAAAACGUUAUACAAUUGUUAAAAAAUAUAAACAAAAUAAAAUUUGAUCCCGUAAAGAAAACGUUGCAGUAUGUCUCAAUAUACGAUGUACAUUCUGCGGGAGAUUUAAUUGACUUGUUAAGAAAACAAGCUACUUUUAAGGGUAUAAGUGUCAAAGAAUUAAAGGAUGGGUGGCCGCAAUGCCAGGAGGUUAUUGAUGAUUUAGAGAAAAGAGGAAGAAUCUUGGUGUUGAGGACGAAAAAAGAUGGAAGCGCAAGAUUUGUUUGGUAUAACAAUUAUGUUACCCCUGCGAAAGUUCGUCAGUUGGCUAUGAAAAACGAGGAUGGUCAUAUUAUUGAUGAAGAAUUUAGAAAAAUGUGGGAAAAGUGUAAGUUACCUAGUAGAGCUGAAUUGCCACGUAAAUUGACCGAUUUUGGUUUGAAACCAGCUAGUGUUGAUCCUGCCAGUGUCAAAAAGGAAGGUACAGUUACAAGAGUUGAGGUCAAAAAGAGGAAGCAACGUAAAUCAAAGAUUACAAAUACUCAUAUGACUGGUGUUUUGAGAGAUUAUUCUGAUAGGGUUUAG